GACGUUUCAGGCGUAGACUCACAUCCAACCAUUAGCGUCAGUAAAAACAGAAAUGAAGCAGCGCGUGCGCAUCUGCGGUGCAUGUGCGCAUGAGUGAAGCUGCGGGGAAGUUUCUGGAGAGAAAAGUGACCAUGUCACUGUGUAAGGCAGAUUUGUAGCCAUCAGCAGAAGAUGUACUUUGCCUGUGGAGUAGCAUUGACCUGUCUGUUGAACAUCUUAUGGAGCAAUGAAGCUGUGGAAGAGCUUUUAUUGACGCCCACAUUUCAAGAUGUUUUUGGAGAAUCUGUGGACUACAGUGAUGUAGUUACAAUAAUGAUGGAAAUCAAUAAAGAUCUGGAUGCAGAGAAUAACUUUAAAAUACAGAAAUCCAAUAACUUGGUUACAGCCUAUGAUUAUGUUUCAGUUAUGCAUUAUGGAAGGUAUGUUUUUUCCAAAAGUCCCAGCUUACCCACCACUGUGCCAAAACCAGACCCAGAUGUGGAGAUUGGACAACAUUUGGGUUUCUCUGAAUUAGAUGUUUUAAAGAUAAACAAGUUGUAUCAGUGCCAGGUAUGUGGAAACCUACUCACUAAAACUGAUGGAAUUUUCACCUCUCCAAACUACCCAGACAUGUAUCCUAGUUUUGCCCACUGCAGAUGGAUAAUCAGGGCACCUUUGAAGUAUAAGAUCAUCAUGGAAUUCGAUUUCUUUUACAUUCGACCAUUUAUAGGCUGCUAUCGAGAUCAUCUAAAAAUUUAUGACGGUUCUAACAUUCGCUCACCAAUUCUCAAAGGACCAGCUUGUGGCAAAGUGGCUCCAGCAGUGAUCUCUUCCCAGCAUAAAUUGUUAAUUACAUUUUUCUCGGGUGGACAGAAACACACUCGUGGUUUCAGUGCUAAGUAUCGAUUUGGUAAAAUCUUGGUAUAACAAUUGGUGUGUUCUUUCAAUUUAUU